UGAGAAUUUCCGUAGGGGCAAAAAAUAAAAACAUCUGAUAGCGGACAGAGUAGAGUCGUAGCAAGGCCCCCUCAUUGUCUGUUCUCAGUCAUAGAUAUAAUAUUCCUAAAGAUUGAUGAUGGAGUCUAAGCCAGCUGAGUAACCAAAAUCGUUGUAACCAUAUCGAUAAAGUGCUUGCCUUGUUCUCAAGCCGUAGCUAUUGAGCUGGCUUAGACUCCAUCUUUAGGAAUAUUCUAUGAGUCGUAGAUUGUAUGAGUUCCCUUAUAUUCCUAGUGAGUAUUGUAUUCUUUUCUCUUCUUUUUCCGCAAAGACUAAAAAAAGUUUUGAUGAAAACCAAGAUAUCAUUACUCGUUUUAGAACGUUACGUCAACCAACUACCAACAAAGCGAAAGUAACGUCAAAAGUCAAAAUUGAAGUAACGUAUUAACUAUAAAACGUAUCCGUCAAGUUCAUUCAAAACCAUAGUAAAUAGUAAAGUAAAAUUGUAUUUACGUGAUAGGUUUCAGAAUUAACACGUACAUGUUUGAAUGUAUCUCGUUUAGUUAUAGAUCAUAUUAAAUGUCUAUGUUACAUUCAAAUGUUGAGCCCUCAUGGCAAUGGGCAACCAACGCUGAAUUUAUUAAUGACCCCUUAGCAGUGAUAUAUCACGAGGGUCAAUGGACCUUGAGUAAAGUUUCUCCUUUAAACAACUUACAAUACAACAGAGUGAAGCUAAAGCAAUAUGCGUCAAAAAUUCGACUAGCAUUGGUCAGUAGCGUGUCUGCGAGGUCUUCUGUCAAUUUUGCGGUGCAAUUUGACCAACAGUCUCUAUUGAAGUAUUGUGAAGAUGAUGCUGACGCUUUAAAGAUAAAUGUAGCAACAACAACAAAUGGUGGUAAAACUAAGAUGGCAUACACAGGGAUCUUGAUGUCCUGGGGAGUCAGUAAUGCUCCUGAAGGCACUGUUCACUUGCCCUAUAUGUUAGAGCGGGGAGAACGAAAAGUGGCAGAUGUUGUUAAAAUCUGGUUACAAAAAAUAUUUGACUGCAAUAUAAAACCAUUGAGCUUUACACAGUCUCAACUCCUGAUGUUUGGCUUCAGUUUUCUGGAGUGUGCAUCAGCAAGGGGAUCUGACCCUUUUGUCAUGUCCUACACAACUCCUGGGGCAGUUGACAUCAAGAACAAACUUGACCUUCGGUUCGAAGUCGGCGACGUACACUACAUGUGGAAUGCAUUAAAAGACGAGGUGAACAACAUGUCAGAACUCAUAAGCCAAGUAUACCAGAUUUUGCAAAAACAAAUAAUGCAUAUAAUACAGUAUGACAUAUCUUUCUUGGAUAUCUUCAAAAUCACACUGCUUAAAGCAGAGGUCAAAAGCAAUGGUAUUGUUAAAAUGAAAUCACCGGAGGUGGUGAACUCCGUUUUUACCGUAUUGAAUGAGAUCAUUUGCAAUGAGACUCCAUUAGACAGUUGAGUUCUUGUAUUACGUGUUGAUUUUGGUGUGUAAAUAUAAGUUACAUUGGCCUAGGCUCUCAACCAAAAAUGUUAGUUAAAAAACAUAAGUAUUGUAUUUUUAACAGCUGUGCUAUGUCAGUAUAUUUAGUUGACAUGUACAUACAUAGUUUCCUUCUGUGAAUGUUUUCACUUUGACUGUACAAUGAAUAAACAUUUUGAGUGUGGUGUCAAACAGAAAUGGUUUAUGGGAUCUUCUUAUUCUUCCUCAGCAUGUGUGUCCACUCUUGGGCACACGGCCAUAUGCCUGUCCAAAUCUCCAAGCAGCCCGAUUAGCUGCUUAUCUCCUGCAGUCUGCAUGCAAUUUUUUUUUUGAUGUCACCUCCCCAUCUAGUUGAGAUCUGUGAUGACUGUGAUCCGGUCUCUUUGAACGAGGCCUCCACGCUAGGACUCACUUGCUCCAGCUUCUAUCACCUCGCGACAUACGUGCCCGGCUCAGGUCCAUUUCAGAGUAGCAAUCACUCCACCAACUGUCUACUACUUUGGUCUCUCGCCGGAUCUCCUCGUUUCAGUUCAAAUUCUCCUUUGACCCUCUUCAUUCCGCACAUCGUUAGCGUCCACGUUUCGCAAGCGUAGGUCAUGGCGAACUGUACACAUUGGUUAAACAUUUUGUUUGGUCUUCAGUGAUUGAGGUAUUAUAGCUUUGAGCACAUUCUUUAGUUUACUAAAAGGCAGCCCAGGCCAUCUGUAUCCUCCGGCUGAUCUCCGCCAUCAUCGAGUCUGCUCUAAGCCUCAUUUGCUGUCCGAGACAGUUGUAUUGUCAUUUGUUCUAAAGGUUGGGUGUCCAAUGAUAUGGUAUGUAUAUUUGUAUCAAUGUGUAUUCAAAACGUGCAUUUCAUUAAUUUCAGUGAUUGUACACUUUUGUUUGUGUUUGUCAUUCAUUCACCGUUACUUCUGUUUUACUCAUUUCCUCAAAGGUUAACUGGAAGAGAUCCCAUACAGGGAUAAGUUCACCUUUGUUGUAUUUAAUUUACUCUGUAACUGUGAUUUUCGUGUUUUUAUUUCUAUGUACAAUAAAGUAUAUACAUACAUACAUAUGGAGCUUUGGGAUAAGUCUACUGUUGCCAUAACUUUUGUUUUAUUCAUAUUCAUUAUUAGUGGCGUGGCUUACAGUUCCUCUAAAAUGUGUUGGUGUUGUAGUUCAUGUGAAUUUUCGGAGAUGACGACGAUGCCAUCGGCAUAGCAUAGCGGAGAUGAUUGAGGGAUCCGGCGUCGACAUUUAUACCUCUAUUUGCCUCUCUAUCAUCCCAAUUGAUGAAUUUAGGGGUUUAAAAUCUUUCAAGACAUUUUUGAACAUCAUAUAGGGUGAAUUGGGUUAGCUUCAAAAGCGGAGUAAUGUUGAAAAUUGCUAAUAUCUACUGAACUAGAAGCACUUCCUAUUAUAACAACAGUAAGCGAGGUGCCGUGAUAAGGAUUGCGGUAGCGUAAGUGUUGCUAAUGUAUGAAAUGCUUCUGACAUUGUAAUAAUUAGCCAUUUUCAAAAUUAACCCGCUUUGUAAGUUAGCCAAUGCACCUUACAAAUGUUCAACCUAAUCUGUAAAAUAAAAUAGUAGUGACCUGGGUCACUGUCAGUGCAUAUAGUCAGUUGCAAGUGUAGCUACCAAAAGUAAUAUUCCGAAUAAAUUUUCUAAAUGUAGAUAAAUGCCUAAAUUUAACGUUCAAAUGUAUAUCUUCUACAGUCUAAAUUGUUCUACAGGUAGAACUACCGCUUUUUGUUAAGCUGUUACAGAAUGGUAGAUACUUUUGAAGCACUGUUUGAUCCGCUACUUUUGAUGCUGACUGUACUAAGUACUAACUAAAUUGGCUGUCUGUGGAACAAUGUUAAGUAUGUUGAUGAUUGAUAGCAAGACAUGUUAAUUUGAGCACUAAAUAAAAUGGACUAGGCAUCAAAAUGGUCCAAAAAGCAACAGAAAUAGGUCAUUAGAUUUAAUUUACUUACUUGGACUCUAUUGACUUGGUAAUAAGGGUGAUGACAUUUUGCCUAAAAUACAAAUAUCUCAGUUCUGCACUGGAAUUCCGCUUGGUGCCCAUGGAACGAAAUGAAGUACAUAGCAAUACCUAUCUAAUGAUCUAACUCAUUUCUGUUGGUUUUGUGGACCAAGCUCCAUACAAAGCUGCCCAAUGGUCCUUUGAAAAUCUUGAAAUACUAUGUAAUUCCAAAGAGAAUUGAUAUAGAGGUGGAUUGUCAAAGAAAAUUUUGCAGCCACAUACCUUCGGCCUUUGAUCUAUUAGAUGGCGCCACUUUUGAUAUUAAACAAAUUUAACACAUUUCAGUGAUAGAAUAAGGAUCAAAGUCAAAUGAAAGAUGAAGUGUUUCUGUAUAGAAAUAAAUAAUUUUAAUUUUUUUUUUUUUUAAGUUUUAAUCAUUUGCGGACUUAGGCAUUCUCUACCAGUCAACCAUUGGGCCAAACAGAAACUAAUCAUGUGUCGAAAGAUUGCAGUAAAUUUAUUGUGGCUACAAAGUUUUCUUUGACAGUCCACCUCUAUUUCAAAUUCUCUUUGAUAAUUCUUAAUUUGUUACACAUUUUCAGUGAUUGUAGCUGUUAUUUAGUAGGAAUGGCCUUUGAAGAACCGUUUUUCUUGAAAACGAAUCAUGUAAAUGUGUAGAUUUAUAUUUAAUAAAAUAUAAACGAACGUUGUUUUUUAACAUUUACUCUCAUGAAUUACACCUUACAAAUGUGUUUUUGCAUAUUGUAACCUUACAAAAUAUUACAUCAUUACAAUGUGCUAAACUUAAAAUAACCUAUUAUGUAAUCAUGUCUUUCUUACCUUGCAAGCAAUCCUCCCAUUUGAUUACAUUUUUACCACUCAAUGAUUCUUAAGAAGAUGUUAAAAUUUAUCUUAUUUUUAUAUCAAAAUUUUGAUUAAUGAAAACUGUGUAUCAAAUUUGGCAAUAAUUCAAAGCAAGGCAUGGUAAAGAUUAUGUAAAUUUAGUCACAUCAGAUUCUAAAUCAAUAUGAGGUUAUUCCCACUAGGUACCACCAAGUUGUUACCAGUGGUAUCUACUGGGAAAAAGUGGGAUUUUUUUUCUAAGUAGUUACUAGCAAAAUGUUAAGAGUUCAAUAAUAAUAAACACGUAGAAAUAGUACAAUAUAGAGUGCUUUAAUAUAUAAUUUUAAGUCAAUUAGUGUUUCAGUAAACUGCCUUAAGUGAUCAAAAAUAUUAAAACCGCAAAAAAUAAAUAUUUAAGAAAUUAAAGUGGGGAUGAAAUUUAUCUUAUUAAUUGUAAAUUGAAUUAAUUGUGACGUUAUCUAUGAAACCUGGCUCUUUGGUCGAGGGCGCUUACGCCGCACUGCGUAGCUCAGCGUUGUAUGUAUAUAAUCGACAAUAAGGUCCCUUUCAAUAAAUAACGUCACAAAUAUACGAACGAACAAACAAAGUAAUCAAAGACAGACUAUUUUUAUCACUAUGAAGGCAGUUUACUGAAACAAUAAACGACAUAAAAUUAAACUAAUUAAGUCAUAUUAAAUUUAACUUUUAAUUAAUUAUUGAUCAAAGCACUAUAUUCAUAGUUUUUAUUAGUAUUGAACGCUAACAACAUUUUGGUGGUAUCUACCGGGGAAAAAACCCACGUUUUACCAGUGGUACCUAACUACUGGGGAAAAACAACUUGGUGGUAACUAGUGGGAAUAACCCAUCAAUAUACACAUUAUACAUAGCUUAACAAAAGAUUAUUUCUAUUGUACAAAAUGCUUAAUUACACAUUGAAACACA